CCAGACAACUGUAUCUCUUUUGGAACAGUGGUUCAAGGAAAAGGCGUUAACAAGUGGAGCAAGUGUGAGUGAAGCCUAUAAUCCUAUUGGCACCAGGCUGGUGCAUUGGGGAUUACUUACUACUUGAAGCUAGCUAGAGUUUCAGUUAGAGGCAAUUAAAUUAAAGGUGAUCAAUGGGAUUCCUGAGUCUUUUUGUUGUGGCACUAGUGCCAAUUCUCAAAGUGCUCUUGGUUACCGGCGUUGGUUUGCUCAUUGCCUUGGAACGUAUUGAUCUCUUGGGGGCAAAUGCACGGCGUAAUCUGAAUGCUAUCGUAUUUUAUGUAUUCAAUCCGGCACUCGUAUCUAGCAACCUGGCUAAAACAAUUACAUUUAGCAGUUUGGUUACGAUGUGGUUCAUGCUGGUCAAUAUACUUCUGACUUUUGUCAUUGGCUCAGCACUAGGAUGGGUACUUAUAAAAAUCACCAGAACUCCCCAACAUCUGCAAGGCCUUGUGCUUGGCUGUUGUUCUGCAGGAAAUUUGGGGAACUUGCUUCUUAUUAUCAUCCCAGCAAUCUGUGAGGAGGAAGACAACCCCUUUGGAGAUUCUGACUGCUCUACAAAUGGGGAAGCUUAUGCUUCCCUUUCUUUGGCGAUAGGUGCUAUUGGCAUUUGGUCUUAUGUGUAUGCCAUUAUGAGGAUAUCUGCAAAUAAGUGCAAAAAAGAAAUCAAUUUAGAUGACUCCACAAUCAGCAUAAGAACAUCUGGAGAAACCUUGGAAAUAUUAUCAGAGGGUUGCACAGAAGCAUUGCUUCCUUCAAAGGAUUGCCCAAGCUCCAGGGAAUGUUCAGAUGAAGUUGAACUGACUCAUGCUGGAUCUGAGGGAAAACAAAAGGUGCCAUUCUUAGAGAAGAUUAAGCAGCAAGUUGAGAUACUUAUGGAAAAGAUUGACCUGAAGAUGGUGUUUUCCCCAUCUACUAUUGGAGUGAUUGUUGGUUUCUUCAUUGGAUUAAUCUCUCCAAUCCGAAAGCUAAUUAUUGGUGAUAGUGCUCCUCUUCAUGUGAUUGAGAGUUCUGCAUAUUUUGUGGGGGAGGCAGCAAUCCCAUCUACCACCUUGAUAAUGGGAGCAAACCUUCUUAAAGGUUUAAAAGGGUCAGACGUUAGCAUUGUUGUGAUUUUAGGGAUUAUGGCAGUUCGGUAUAUUGCUUUGCCUCUGUUGGGUGUUGUUGUUGUUAAAGCUGCACAUCAUUUUGGCCUGGUGGGAUCAAAUUCAUUAUUCCAGUUUGUUCUUAUGCUUCAAUAUGCACUUCCACCUGCCAUGAGCACUGGUACAAUGAGCCAGUUGUUUGAGUUUGGUCAAAGUGAAUGUUCGGUUAUCAUGCUAUGGACUUAUGCGGUUGCAGCAUUCAGUCUGACACUCUGGUCUAGCUUCUUCAUGUGGCUUGUAUCUUGAUUUGUAUUUUCCAUUUUUCCCACUUAGCUAUUGGACAUAUUUAGAGGAAUGGGGUACUACCUUAUUUCAGCGGUAGAGGAUGGGGUGUGUGAUUUAUAUUUUUUAUGCUACAAUGAGUGUAUUUGAAUCAUAUUCCAAUGCUAGUAUUUUCUGUCAC